AACGCCCCCCUGAAGGAGUCCGCGGUGACGCGCUCCCCGCGCUCGUGCCCGCUGGAGAGGCGCGCGCGAGGGGAGUCAGACGUUCACACCCAUGAGCCGCUUCCAGCAGCACAAGGUGGAGGCCUCCUACCACAUCGGAGAGGAGCUGGGCAGCGGCCAGUUCGCCAUCGUGAAGCAAUGCAGAGAGAAAAGCACGGGCCGGGAAUUUGCCGCCAAGUUCAUCAAGAAGCGUCAGAGCAUGGCGAGCUCUCGCGGCGUGCGGCGGGAGGAGAUCGAGCGCGAGGUGGACAUCCUGCAGCAGAUCCGCCACGCCAACAUCGUCACGCUGCACGACGUCUACGAGAACCGCACCGACGUGGUGCUGAUCCUGGAGCUGGUCUCUGGAGGCGAGCUGUUCGACUUCCUGGCGCAGAAGGAGUCUCUGAGCGAGGAAGAGGCCACUCAGUUCAUCAAGCAGAUCUUGGAGGGGGUCAACUACCUGCACGCCAGGAAGAUCGCCCACUUUGACCUCAAGCCUGAGAACAUCAUGCUGCUGGACAAGAACGCGCCGCUGCCCAGAAUCAAACUCAUCGAUUUCGGUCUCGCCCACAAGAUCGAAGCCGGCGUUGAGUUCAAGAACAUCUUCGGAACGCCCGAGUUCGUCGGUGAGAAAGUUAACUCUUUGACCUCAUUCACUUUAAAAGCUCCAGAAACCAGAGGAAGCCGAAGAGGAAGUGAUCCGGUGACGCGUCGUUCUAACCUUCACCAAACAUGUCGCCCGUUGUCCUUCCGAAGCCCCGGAGAUCGUGAACUACGAGCCGCUGGGCCUGGAGGCCGACAUGUGGAGCAUCGGGGUCAUCACCUACAUCCUGCUGAGCGGCGCGUCUCCGUUCCUCGGGGAGAGCAAGCAGGACACGCUGGACAACAUCUCGGCCGUCAGCUACGACUUCGACGAGGAGUUCUUCGGCCACACCAGCGAGACGGCCAAGAAGUUCAUCGGCCAGCUGCUGGAGAAGGACAAGGAGUGAGAGCGGGCAGAGAAGCCCGUCCUCCGGUUCUGAUCCACGAUUAUUGUUCUUAUUAUUACUUGGUCACUUUUCUUCUCUCUGACAGGAAGAGAUUAACGAUUCAAGAGGCUCUGACUCACCCGUGGAUCAAGUCCAUCGAGCACAAGGAGGAGAGCAAAGCCCGCGAGCCCAAGAAGCGCGAGCGCCGCCAGCUGAAGACCUCGCGGCUGAGGGAGUACACCAUCAAGUCCCACUCCAGCAUGCCGCCCAACAACACCUACGUCAACUUCGAGCGCUUCGCCCAGGUGGUGGAGGACAUCGACCGCAUGGAGGGCUCCUUCUCCCGCCUGGCGGCGGCCCACGACUCGCUGCAGCAGGACAUCGACGCCAUGGUGUCCGCCUACAACGAGAAGGAGGCCUGGUACAAGGAGGAGAGCGAAGACGCGCGCCACGAGCUCUCGCAGAUCCGCUACGAGUUCCGCAAGGUGGAGGCGCUGAAGAGGAGCCUGCAGGGCGACGUGAAGGCCUUCGGCAGCGGCCUCGGCGCCGUCGGCAGCCGCUACCGGGAGAGGCAGAGCCGCUUCGACGCGCUGCGGCUGGAGCUCAGCCGCGAGCUGCAGUGGGUGCAGGAGGUGAUGGGUUCGCUCCCCGCGGACGGAGGAGGAGGAGGAGGAGGAGGAGGAGGAGCUUUCCCUGGCUGCAGCUUCUCCACCGUCUUCAACUACGACGUGAACGAAGCCCUGAAGGAGCUGCUGAACCGCUCCUGUGGAGGAGAGCUGCUGAUGGACCUGGAGCCCGGGCAGCACCGGUGACGCCGAGAGGUGUUUCCCUUUUUUUGGUUUGUUUUUUUCCGUGUUCGUCACGAGUCAAUUCUCGAAAAACUUGAGUAAAUCCAACACAAGAUUUUUUUGCAGUGUGGGUCAAGUACACUGAAAAAAGGUGUUGGAUUUACUUUUUUAGGAAAGUGGUCUAAGAAAAUAAAUGUAUAUGAAGCCAGACGUUUUCUUUAAGUUGAUUAAACUCUUUGGUUGUCAGCGGUUUCCUCAGAUUUACUAACAUGGAUUAUGUAACCAUGACCCGUAUUAUUUUUGUUUGCAUCCAAAUCAAUUUAUAAUUUGUAAAAUUGAGUUGAAUUAAAUUAAGUAUUAUCAGCGAGCCAUUAUUAGUAUUUUCUUUUAAUAUAUUCAAAUAAAGCAAAAAAUAUAUUUUGAUAAAACUCUCACUUUAUUCUAACUAAAUGUGAACACAGUGUCCAAUAACAAUGAUGUACCGUGACUUUAAAACCUAAAAAAUAAACAUUGGAAUGGAAGUAAUCCGAAAUGUUGCAUAUAAAUAUAUGUAUAUAUAUAUGUAAACAUCAUGAUAAAAAUAAAAAAUAUAUAUUUUUAAAUGUUUCAAUAAAGUAGUAGUUGUUUUGAUGAAAACAAAAUACAAUAAAAGAUUAAUAAAUUGACAAUUUGACAAAUAUCUUUUCCAACAUGGUCCCUUUUCAUUGCAAAUGCUUCUAAAAUAAGUGGAAUAUGAAAUGAGUGUUUGUCUGUAAUCAUUAGAUUGUGGUAUUGUUUUUCAUUUUUCAUGAAUUAAUCAGAUCUAAAGAUGAAAUCAGUCGCAGUGUCAAUACGCUUCCACCAGAGGGCAGCAGCGAAGUCUAUCCAGACAGCCUAAAUACAAAUAUAUAUGAUAUUGUACUUACACUUAAACCAGAAUCAUGAAUCUAUCUAGUUAUCAAGCUCCUCUUUUAUGGAACCAGCUUCCAAUUUCAGUCCGGGAGGCAGACACAGUCACCUCGUUUAAGAGUAGACUUAAGACCUUCCUCUUUGACAGAGCUUAUAGUUAGGGCUGAAUCAGGUUCACCUGGUCCAGCCCCUUGAUAUGCUGCUAUAGGCUUAUAGCUGCCGGGGGACGUUUUAGGAUGCACUGAGUACCUAUCUCCUCUUUUUUCUCUCCUUAAGGAUGAAUUUUCAUCUCUCCAUCACACGUUACUAACUCUGCUUUCUCCCCGGAGUCCUUUUGACUUCACGUCUCAUGGGGUCAUCGGACCCUAUGAGACGGCAUAGAUCCUAUCUGCCUGAUGGAUCGUCUGGGUCGUGCAAUUCCUGCUCAUGACUACGCCACUGUCCUGUUGAGACUCCGCCCACUGUUGAGACUCCGCCCACUCCUCCUCCCCACCGCCAUCUGCCUGAUGGAUCGUGGAGGUCUCCAUCGUGGAAUAUGCCUACUAUGAACUAUUCAUACACUCUGUCAUAUUCAUGUAAUGUAUUUAAACUCUAAAUCUGUCCUUCUGUACACAUUACAUCUAUUGUUCUGUCCAUCCUGGAGAGGGAUCCUCCUCUGUUGCUCUCCUGCAGGUUUCUUCCCUUUUUUUCCCCCUGAAGGGUUAUUUGGGAGUUUUUCCUGGUCCGAUGUGAGGUUUUGGGGCAGGGAUGUUUAUGUGUACAGAUUGUAAAGCACUCCGAGACAAAUUUGUAAUUUGUGAAAUUGGGCUAUACAAAUAAACUGAAUUGAAUUGAAUCAACACAA